AAACCCGUCAUUUCAUUUCAUUUUUUCACACAUAUUCCGUUUCUCUCUCUCUCUCUCUCUUCUUCUUUCUCCUUUCCGUUUUCACUCUUCACCAUAACAAUCAUAUAUAAAACCUAAGAACCUUCCAGAACUUAUUCAACAUUUCUAACCGUUUCUUCUUCGCUAGCUUAAUUGAAUUACGAAAGUGAUUUUGUAUUUGAUUAUGAUGAUUGAAAUUGCGUUUGGAGUUUGAAGUAGUGAAGUGUGCUGAAGAAGUUGUUGUUAGAGAUGGGGACUCGGUUUAAAGAAGAUGAGAGAAACGAACGCGCGAUUCGAACUCUUUUAAAGCUUGAACCGAAUCGGAGAUGUAUUAACUGUAAUAGUUUGGGACCACAAUAUGUGUGCACAAAUUUCUGGACGUUUGUUUGCACUAAUUGUAGUGGAAUACACCGUGAAUUUACACAUCGUGUAAAAUCAGUUUCAAUGGCUAAAUUUACUUCACAAGAAGUUACUGCACUUCAAGAAGGAGGAAAUCAGCGUGCAAAAGAGAUUUAUUUUAAAGAAUGGGAUGCACAACGCAAUUCUUUCCCUGACAGCAGUAAUGUUAACAGGCUCCGAGAGUUUAUUAAGCAUGUUUAUGAGGAUAGGAGAUUCACCGGAGAUAGGACGUCUGACAAACCACCAAGAGGAAAGGCCGGUGACAAAGAUGAUUCCUAUGAAAACAGGAGAGUUGAGGCAUAUCAGGGAGGAUCUAAAAGCCCUCCAUAUGAAGACACACAGGAACGUCGUUAUGGUGACAGGUCUAGUCCAGGUGGAAGAAGUCCUGGAUAUGAUCAAGAAAGUAGGCAAUAUGGUGAUUAUAAGAGAAGUCCCGGCCGUCCUCCAGUUGUCAAUGAUUGGCGUCGUGAAGAUCGUAGAGUAUCAGAUGGAGAUUAUAAGGUGGAAAGUCAAUCUCCUGAGAGAGCCAGAGACCUGGGUUCUUCAAGCCCACCCGUUGUCCGACCCGUUAGAGAUAUUUUGGGAGAAAAUGUAGUACCUCUUAGGAUAAGUGGACCCCCCAAACCAAACAGUGGAAGAGCUGCCGAUGCCUCAUCACUGACACAGAGAACUGCAUCCUCUGGCAGCUUGGUAUCCAGUAACGAAAGCCAAGUAGAUAUUAAACUUGAGACGGCGAAGAGCCUUAUUGAUUUUGAUGCUGAUCCUGAACCUGUUGCUCCAACAGUUCAUGCCCAACAAUCUAGUGUGCCUCAACCUGUUUUGCAGUCAGGAAAUUCAAGUGAUGACAAUUGGGCCUCUUUUGAUGUUGCUUCUGAGGCGAAAGCAAAUCCAAGUACCUCAAAUUUAAAUCCACUUGAAUCUGCACUGUCCCAAUUGUCUGUGCCAGAAUCUUUACCUUCUCAUGCUUCAGGAGUCCAAGGACAUGUUCCAACAGCAGCUCCUAGUUUUGGCAGUUUCUCAGCUUUCACACCCAGUGGUGCUUCGGUGCCAUCUGUACCACCUCAUAAUAAUGUAGGACAAUGGGCCAGUGUGCAGCAUCAGCAACCAACAUUCCCUGCCGCUGCUAGUCAACAAUUUCCACCAUCAGUGGGUGGUGCUGUGAAUAGUCAGCCAUCGCAUGUACCUUCUGUACCCACAGGACAGGGGCAUCCGAAUACACCAAUGCCACAUGCAUACCAUCAUGCCUCAAAGCCUGCCAAUGAGGCUUUUAACAGUGGAAGAACAGAACUUCCUGAAGAUCUGUUCACUGUAAAACACCAGUACUUUCCUGCUCCAGUUCAAGGUUGGCAAAUGGGUCCUCCGCAGGGCAUUCCAAUGCAAUAUAAUAAUGUGGCGCCUGUGUCAAGUUUUUCGCAGCCAUCAAGGUCAACAAAUCCAUUUGAUGUCAGCAGCAAGCAAACCCCAGAUCAAGCCCCAAGCUUUCCUUCCAUGUCAUCCUUGCAUGGUGCGUUGCCUAAUGUACCACCAUCAAUCCCGAUGCACCCUCCAAGCCAGAGCAAUCCAUUGCAUGCAUGGAAUCCACCCCUGCCUAAUGUAGGAACCGUGCAGUCUUCAACCCUGGGUUAUCCACCACAUGCAUGGACUCCAUCCUUGCCAUCCUUUCAAGGUUCCCUGCCUAAUGUACCACCUUCAGGCAUUACGCACCCUUCAAACCUGGGAUAUCCAUCCCAUGCCUGGACUCCAACCCCAUCAUCAUCAUUGGGACCUGGGUCAUACAUGGGGCAACAAAUGGCAACUAACAUACCAAUGCCAAGGCAAGGAGUUGGGAAUUUCGGAACUGAGGGAAACAUGUUCGGUUUGUCAAAUCCAAAUCAGCAGCUUCCUGAUAGGCCGUCAAGGACUCCCAACUCUAACCCCCUCCCUAAAGGAGGGAACCCAUUCGGUUAAUGUGAAGAAUCGUCCAUGGACUUGUAAAUUCAAACAUCAACUCAUUGCACUUUGUACAAAUACAUGCAAGUUUCAGUUUCCAUUGUUUGUGGAUGGAAGUUACAAAUGCAUAAUGAAGGAUUUGUGAUGACUGGCUUCUCGAAGUGAACUAUUUCGGCUGUGUAAAUUGUUUAUUGCUAUAGGAGGGGGGAGACAAUUUACUUUCUUGGAAAAGGGGAGUUAGAUGACUGAGAUAGUGAGAGAGAUAGAUUGAAUGAAGGGGGUGCAGAGAACCCUUCAAUCGUUGUUUCGUAUAAAUUUUUUGGGUGCACCCAUGUAUUUGUAAUAGUAGAUUGGGCAUAAUGGCGUCUUCAUAUUUUUGGUGCUUCUUAGCUGUGCUCGUUCUUGGUUUUACAACAUUGUACAAUUUUGUAAACUCAAUUUUGACAUGAUUAUUAUUUUUAUGUUGUGGAAAAUACAUUUUAUUUUAUCAA